AUGGCUCCACGUCUCACUGUCCACGCCUCACUGUCCACAUCUCACUGUCCACGUCUCACAGUCCACGUCUCACUGUCCACGUCUCACUGUCCACAUCUCACUGUCCACAUCUCACUGUCCACGUCUCACUGUCCACGUCUCACUGUCCACGUCUCACUGUCCACAUCUCACUGUCCACGUCUCACAGUCCACGUCUCACUGUCCACGUCUCACUGUCCACGUCUCGCUGACCACGUCUCGCUGACCACGUCUCACAGUCCACGUCUCACAGUCCACGUCUCGCUGUCCACGUCUCACAGUCCACGUCUCACUGUCCACGUCUUGCAGUCCACGUCUCGCUGUCCACGUCUCGCUGUCCACGUCUCACAGUCCAUGUCUCACUGUCCACGUCUCACAGUCCACGUCUCACAGUCCACGUCUCGCUGUCCACGUCUCAGACCACGUCUCGCUGUCCACGUCUCACUGUCCACGUCUCGCUGUCCACGUCUCGCUGUCCACGUCUCACUGUCCACGUCUCACUGUCCACGUCUCACAGUCCACGUCUCGCUGUCCACGUCUCGCAGUCCACGUCUCACAGUCCACGUCUCACAGUCCACGUCUCAGACCACGUCUCACUGUCCACGUCUCACAGACCACGUCUCGCUGUCCACGUCUCACAGUCCACGUCUCGCUGACCACGUCUCACUGUCCACGUCUCACUGUCCACGUCUCACAGUCCACGUCUCACUGACCACGUCUCACAGUCCACGUCUCGCUGACCACGUCUCGCUGUCCACGUCUCACAGUCCACGUCUCGCUGACCACGUCUCACAGUCCACGUCUCACAGUCCACGUCUCACAGUCCACGUCUCGCUGACCAUGUCUCACAGUCCACGUCUCACUGUCCACGUCUCGCUGUCCACGUCUCACUGUCCACGUCUCACUGUCCACGUCUCACAGUCCACGUCUCGCUGUCCACGUCUCAGUCCACGUCUCACUGUCCACGUCUCACAGUCCACGUCUCGCUGUCCACGUCUCGCUGACCACGUCUCACUGUCCACGUCUCACUGUCCACGUCUCACAGUCCACGUCUCACUGACCACGUCUCACAGUCCACGUCUCGCUGACCACGUCUCGCUGUCCACGUCUCACAGUCCACGUCUCGCUGACCACGUCUCACAGUCCACGUCUCACAGUCCACGUCUCACUGUCCACGUCUCGCUGUCCACGUCUCACAGUCCACGUCUCGCUGUCCACGUCUCGCUGACCAUGUCUCACAGUCCACGUCUCGCUGUCCACGUCUCGCUGACCACGUCUCACAGUCCACGUCUCGCUGUCCACGUCUCACAGUCCACGUCUCGCUGA